AUACUCACCUCAUUUGCCGACCUUUUAAGUACAUUGUGAUAUUUUAUUAAAGAAUUAGUUUGGAGGUGCAAAACAAAAAAUUAAAUAGACAGCGCCUUCUUUUAACAGGAUAUGUAUAUAAAAUGUUUCGUUUUACGGCUUGCGAUAAACAAACUAUAAAGGUUUUUGAUGGUGCCCAACUUCUUACUGCCUUUUCUCCUCAUUCAACUUCUAUAAAUUGUCUUAGACAUGACUCGAAGGGAAGAGUUUUAUUGAGCGCAGCAGAUAACUCUCUUAUAAUAACAGAACUCAAUGGGCAGCGACCUGUUUCCCUUCAAGUUAUAAAAGAGAAUAUACUUAGCUGCGAUUUUACUUAUGGCUCUAAAAAGCUUAUUGUCACUGGUGGUACUUCAAAGCUGGUUCAAGUUUAUAACUUGAGAUCGAAAACACCCGUUAAGGCUUAUGAAGGCCACCAGAGUUCAGUCUUCAGCGUUCGGUUUAGCAGGGGCGACACACACUUGUUUAGUGGAAGUCAAACCGGCCAAAUUAUAGUUCAUAGUGUUGUUUCGGGCCAAAAGCGAGGAGUUUUUCAACGUCCAGGUUCUCAGGGCGUCCGCUCCUUAGAAGUAAGCCCGUUCCACUCCUCCUACGUGGGCACUGGCAACGACGACGGCGCAGUGGACGUGUGGAGCGCCAACACGGGUCAGCGGAUUUAUGGGGCCGCGUUUCACCACGCGCCAUGCACUAGCAUGUGCUUUGCACCCUUUCAAAGGGACCACUUCAUCAGUUUGGGGUUGGACAAAUGCAUUCACAUGUACGCUCUUCAGAGCAGGAGGUGGACCAUCUUUAUUUCUUCGUUAUAUUGGAACUUAAGUUGCCGUUGUAGCGUUUUAGGGACAAUUAAAACGGACGCACCUUUACCGUGCGGUACAUACUCGGCUAAUGGUCUUUACUUUAUAGCCGGCACUACUUCUGGCAGGGUCCUUGUGUACGAUCUUAGGAAGACGAGUAGCGCUAUUAGUAACAUUGAAGCGUUUACUGGAGCCGUCAUCUCCAUUGUAGCGCCGAUUGUCUCGUCUCUGCGCUCUGAAAAGCAACAGCAGCCAUCUCCCAUUAAACUCGACUCUCUCCAAUCACUUGAGCCCAAUGCAUCUUUGGUGGCGUCCAAUAUUCACCAGUCAACUUUGGGCGGUCUUGACUGUAUUAGUCCAAUCAAGACGGAGCCGGAUAUAAUAGGUGCCAACAAAGAGAAUCGCAAAGUUCUUCGAGAAUCUCAUCUCAAUCAUCCGCGGGUCUUAGAGGCAGAAGCCCAGCUAAUUAAGAAGGUAAAAUCGCCGCAGAUAAAAGAAAAUCCUCUACUUGAAAAAAAAGAGGAGCAGCAUAAAGUGCAUUUUGAAGACCCUACUAUAGAUUGCGCUUCCGACACUCCGCCUCCCCACUAUAACCAGCACACUAAGCAAGUAUCGCUCGACAACGCUGCUACUACUAAAAGUAAGUCAGUGCAAUACGAGGAAGAGAGGUCUAAUCAUCCCGAGCUGAGGCAUUUCCCCUUGGAAGCUAUGAAAGAAUUAUUGGAGGAGCAUUUUACGGGAAUGAAACAAUUUAUUCGCGCCGAAAUCCAAACAGUUCACAUGGAAAUCAUUGAGCAAUUCUAUACCCAAACCGGCGAACUUGGGUCUAAAUUGGACACGAAGCGAUUUGACGAGGAACUAAUGAAGGAAAACAUGCGACUUCGCGAGGAAAACGAGCGUCUAAAAAGGAAUAUUUUCUGGUGAAGCCGCCGCCUUGCAGAUGGGAGCC